CCUAGAUCCGGGGAAGGGUUUUGCAAACGUACCCAGAACUGUUUCCAAGGUUUCCUCAGAUUUGGGCUGUUCCGCAGUGGCAGGUCCCGGGAACCAAGGCAACAGAUAUCUUCCUAGGCUCGCGAGAGCACCCCCUUCUCCCGCUGCUGCUGGGGCCCCCCAGUAGCAAUGGCUCCGGUGUCCGGCUCGCGCACCCCGGAUAGGGAGGCCUCGGGCUCGGGGGGAAGACGUCGCAGUUCGUCCAAGAGUCCGAAGCCCAGCAAAUCUGCCCGCUCCCCGCGGGGCCGCCGCUCUCGCUCGCACUCUUGCUCUCGGUCCGGGGACCGGAAUGGACUCAGCCAUCAGUUGGGUGGCCUCAGCCAAGGCUCCCGAAACCAGUCCUACCGCUCACGCUCCCGGUCGCGUUCUCGAGAGCGGCCCUCUGCACCCCGGGGCAUCCCCUUCGCUUCUGCCUCCUCGUCAGUCUAUUAUGGCAGCUACUCGCGCCCCUACGGGAGCGACAAGCCUUGGCCUAGCCUCCUCGACAAGGAGAGGGAGGAGAGCCUGCGGCAGAAGAGAUUAAGUGAGAGAGAGAGAAUUGGAGAAUUGGGAGCUCCUGAAGUAUGGGGACUUUCUCCAAAGAAUCCUGAACCAGAUUCUGAUGAACAUACACCAGUGGAGGAUGAAGAGCCAAAGAAAAGCACUACUUCAGCUUCUACUUCAGAAGAAGAAAAAAAGAAGAAGAAGAAGUCUAGCCAUUCAAAAGAAAGGUCCAAGAAAAGGAGAAAGAAAAAAUCAUCGAAAAGAAAACAUAAGAAGUAUUCUGAAGAUAGCGACAGUGACUCUGAUUCUGAAACAGACUCCAGUGAUGAAGAUAACAAAAGGAGAGCAAAGAAAGCCAAGAAAAAGGAAAAGAAGAAGAAACACAGAUCGAAGAAAUAUAAGAAAAAGAAGUCUAAGAAGAGCAGAAAAGAGUCCAGUGAUUCAAGCUCUAAAGAAUCCCAAGAAGAGUUUCUGGAAAAUCCCUGGAAGGAUCGAACAAAGGCUGAAGAACCCUCAGAUUUAAUUGGCCCAGAGGCUCCAAAAACACUUACCUCUCAAGAUGAUAAACCUUUGAACUAUGGCCAUGCUCUGUUACCUGGUGAAGGUGCAGCUAUGGCUGAAUAUGUAAAAGCUGGAAAACGUAUCCCACGAAGAGGUGAAAUUGGCUUGACAAGUGAAGAAAUUGCAUCAUUUGAAUGCUCAGGUUAUGUAAUGAGUGGUAGCAGGCAUCGCCGAAUGGAGGCUGUGCGACUGCGAAAAGAGAACCAGAUCUAUAGUGCUGAUGAGAAGAGAGCCCUUGCAUCCUUUAACCAAGAAGAGAGACGAAAGAGAGAAAACAAGAUUCUGGCCAGUUUUCGGGAAAUGGUUUACAGAAAGACCAAAGGGAAGGAUGACAAAUAAGGAUUUUCUGAUUGUCCAGAAGACAUUUUUAACAACAAAAAAGAAAGUCUGGGUUCCACACAUACAUAGAAAAAGAUUAUUAUGUUCUGAGAAAGCUUUACAGUGCUACUGUGCCUUCUAUUUAAUUCUUUCAGUCCUUCAAUAAAAAGCUGCUUAUUGAUAUAACUU